ACAGUUGCGUGGAAUGAUUCAGUAAGUGUGUUUGUGUAUUAUUUUUAUAAAAUGACAUCGCCCAUAGUAAAUCCAGAUGUACCCUAUGUGGGGGAGAUACCUGAUUGGUCUACAGGAAAAAUGGUUAGGGUACAGGGUAUUGUAGACCCAAAUGCAGACAGGUUUAAUAUUAAUCUACAGACAGGCCCCAAUGCUAGACCUAGGGAUGACACAGCUCUACAUAUUUCUGUUAGGUUAAAUCAGGGCUACAUCGCGAGAAAUGCUUAUAUUGAUGGAGCAUGGGAAGAUGAACAAGGGACAGGGUCUUUGCCCAUUGGUCCAAACCAACACUUUGAAAUUAUCAUUUUAAAUGACGAAAAAAGUUAUAAAAUUGCUGUUAAUGGUCAACAUCACAGCGAGUUUCCACAUAAAAUUACAAGUUCACAAAUCAGCCAUCUUUUAAUUGACGGCGAUGUUCACAUCACCGUCAUUUCUUACGAAGGUGUAAUGGCCGUUUCUUCUUCUGAAACUGCUUCAUUAGCCUCUUCUCUUCAUAGUUCAGGCGGUCAGGCCCCACAAGGUGGAUAUGGAGGAUAUGGAGGUCCUCAAAGUGGAUAUGGUCCACAACAAGGAUAUGGUGCUCCUUCACAGGGUUAUGGCCCACCUGCCCCCCCUGGAGCUCCACAAGAAUCCGGAAUGGAUAACAUUCUUGAUAAAGCUCAAGAAAUGUUGGCAGGUGCUAUUAAAAGCGGCGUUGCUGAAAAAUUGUUAAGUGGCAUUUUUUCAAGUCCACAAGCCCAACAACCCGGAGGUUUUCAGCCUCAUAACGCACAAUAUGGACAAUAUCCUCAAGGACAACAAAGUUUUGGCAACCAGCAACAAAUGCCUCAAAUUGGAGGUGAAGGUUCUGUAGGAGGAUUGGGUAGUGUUGGAAAUAUUUUGGGUUCCCUGGCUAGUUCUUUGUUUAGUCCGCCAAAGGAAUCACAUCACCGCAAUCAAAAUUUUUAAGCGAGGAAAUACUUAAAGCUUCUUUUUGAUAUGUUUUUUGUUUCAGUAAAUGUAAUUUUUUUUAAUUUUUAUUUUUUUUUUAAAUUUUUAUUACCUAUAUA